AUGAGAAAGCCCUCAGGCUUUAAUACAGCGUUCGUGAGGCCGUGUUUUACUCCCGUGUUGCUGUUCCCUUCUCCAGAGGCCCUCACUUUAUCCCUACACAUUGGUCACUGCUAUUCACUCAAUUUGAUUAAAAUAUCACCCAUAUAUAAUUCCCUUCUUUCUCCAUUCAUCUACGUAACCCCAUUCAUCCAUUUACUCAACCCCCUCCCUUUCCUUCUUCCUUCUACAGGGAGCGAGGGCGGCGUGGGCGGGAGACGCAGCCACUUCGCGGACGUGAGCUUCCCCAGCAACCCCUAUACCUUCCUGAACGAUGAUGAGCUCGUGGAAGGACGCAAGAUCUACAAGAAUCCUCGGAACGCGCCCUCGGAUUCUUGCCCGAAGGAUGAGGACGCGGUGGCCAGGGCGGGCCGCACGUGUCUCCGCAAGUGCAGCACGGACGCGGACUGCCUCAGCCGCAAGAAGGUGUGCCUCUGCGACGGCAUCUGCGGCAUGAGCUGUAUCAAGCCUGACAAGGAGUGCAGCGACCUGGACAACCCUGGCUUCGGCUACGUGGACGUGAAGGGGAAGGUGGUGGGCUCGCAGGCGAACUACAGGUGCCAGGAGGGUUACCACCUCAUUGGCCAGACCAUCCGACUGUGCCAAGCCAACGGGAUCUGGUCGUCGACGCCGCCGGAGUGCCACGAGAACUUGUACUGCACGGACCCGCCAGCCAUCCCGAACGCCCGGCAUAGCGGCCUCACCGGUCAGACGCGCUUCGAGGUGAAUCAGACCCUUAAGUACUCCUGCUAUGAGGGUUACACCACGCAGGGGUUCGACGUCGCCAAGUGCUUCCUCUAUAACAACACCAUGCAGUGGUUCGGGCCGGAGAUCAAGUGCAUCCGUGAGUGGCUCUCUGUUGGGACGAUAACUGUGUUUUUUAUUAUUUAA